CUCCCUCCUGCGGCCUGCGAUGAACGUGGUUUGCGCCUGGCUUCGCAACGACCUUCGCGUGCAUGACAAUGCGGUCCUGCACGAGGCUGCAAAAUUGUCGGCCCAAAGGAAGGUUCCGGUGUUACCGGUUUAUGUCUUUGAUCCUCGAUACUUUCAGCGCACGCGCUACAAGACACUGCGCACAGGCUGCCUCCGCGCGCUGUUUCUCUUGCAGAGCGUGCUGGCACUCAAGCGCACGUUGAAGCGCAAGAUGGGCUCCGACCUGCUGGUGAAGGUGGGCAAACCUGAAAAGAUUUUCCCCCAGUUGCUUUCCGGCGACUCCGUAUUGCUGACUCAGCAAGAAGUCACUUCUGCUGAGCUGACGAUUGAUUCCUGGGUACGCUUCGGCUUGGAAAAGGUUGGCAUGUCGAAGGAAAGUCCGCAGUUGACCUACUGCUGGGGGUCAACACUCUUCCACAAGGACGACAUCGGUUUUAAAGAUGGCUUCGACGAUGUACCCGAGUUCUUUUCCAAAUUCCUCCAUCAGCUCCAAGAAGUUUGGCCCGCGUACUCAGAGGAGGAUUGGGACGACAGCAGCAAUGACCGCAACGUUGGUCCUGACUUGUCACGCAUCUCGCGUCUGGUGCGUCCAGCGCUUGACGUGAAACUGGGUCCAGUGCCGGAGGGCUUGGACUUUGACUUUGAACCCGCCUGGAAGGACCUACCAUUCGCGGAAAAGGUGAUUGAACCUUUGCCAGAUAAAGCAAUGAUGGGAGGAGAAGAGAAUGGCGUGAAGCGCUUGGCAGAGUAUGUGUGGCACACCGAUUUUGCGUCCAGCUACUUUCCUGAACGUCAGUUAAUCUUUGGCGAUUACAUGGCAUCUCGCCUGGGUCCCUGGCUGGCAGUGGGCGCCCUCUCACCUCGUAAGGUCUUCUUCGAAUGUCUUCGCCUUUGUGAAGAGAAGGGCCUGGCGGAGGAGAGUCGCCACGCGCGGCAUCUCAUCACCGAGCUCACUUGGCGCGACUACUUUCGCUUCUACGCGGGGAAGCACGGUAUGGACAUCUACCGACAGGGCGGAGUGAAGAACUACAAGAGACACUGGAUGCAGGACGAGCGAAUCUUCCAUCUCUGGUCCAAUGGCCGGACAGGCUAUCCAUUGGUGGAUGCAUGCAUGCGCGAGCUGUCCAUCACGGGCUAUGCCUCCAACCACGCGCGGCUCAAUGCUGCGUCCUUUUUGGCCUACACCAUGAGCUUUGACUGGAGGCGUGGUGCGGAUUGGUUCGAGAGCCACCUCAUCGAUUACGACGUCACGUCGAACUGGUGCAACUGGGUGCGCUGCGCGGGGCUCACGGAGGGCCGUUUGAGCAGUUUCAAUGUGGUGCGGCAGAGUCAAAAGUUGGACCCUCAGGGGCUCUACCUCCGUCGCUGGUUGCCGGAACUGCAGAAGGUGCCCAUGGAGCUGAUCCAUGAGCCGUGGUUAAUGACCACCGCAGAGCUUACGAGUUAUGAUGCUGCGUCGUAUCCCCCACCGUGUGUGGACCCCAGCUUUUUUGAGGGGCGCUAUGGGCCGCGGCAUGGCUGGGCAAUGAUCCCGCAAUCGCUUUACAAAACGGAGAAGGAAAAUUCCGAUUGCACCAAGUGUUUCGGAUGGUUUUGGAUGUUGGGCGCUGCGCUGACCAGUUCAAGUCGUAGUCGGGACGGGCGGCGCACGCGGCGCACGCCGCGCGACGUCCAUGGCGAUGAUGCUCGAACGGAUCAGGCGAGAUUGAGCAUUGUGGAGAUAAGCCACACUUUAACAGCCCAGUCACCAAGAUGGAUCAAGGGUGCAAUGACCAAGGUCCAGGAGCACUUCACGCUCCGAAAGCUGCAAGAACGAGUAUGGCGUUUGGAGGCAGAAAACAAGGAGUUGAAGGCAGAUGGGUCAGGGAUCGAGGUGAAUAAUUCCAUCCUCCAUACGCAGUACACUUCGCAGACUGAGACUCAGGCAGACAUCCUCAGGACACUCCACUCGAAUCUGGAGGACAACUAUGCCACCAUUGAUGAGCAAAAACGGAGGAUCGAAGAGUUUCUUGGAGUUGGGCCUGGAUUAGUCGCCUUGGAUCAGAAGCAGCAAGCCAAAGAUGACCUCGAUGCCGCCAUGGCUCUGAAAGACAACGACAUCGCCAAGCUGAAGACUCAGAAGGAGGAGCUUCAAUCGCAGCUUGACGAGGUGCGAGAGUUUCAGCGGAACAAAGAGAACAUGGAGCAGGAGUUGGCCUCACUGAAGCAACAGUUGGCCGACACGAAAGAGGAAUUUCAACGAAAGAUGAGCGACUUUGACCGAAAGAAAGCCAUGGAUAUGCGAACGCUCAGCAAGGACUUUGAGAAGAAGGUGGAGAUUGAGGCAGCGAAGCUUCGAGCGAGAACCAAGGACCAGUUGGAUUCCACCACCAAGCGGACCAUCAUGGAAAAUGAACAAAUGUUCACAGAGCUCCACUUCCAGAGCAAAGAAACCGAGAAACUUAUGGAAAGGAAUCAGUCCCUGCUGGAAGAGAAUGCCCAGCUUCGACGGAACCUCAACAUCCACAAGGACCUGGAGAAUGAAUUGGCCAGACGAACUCAUCUAUAUCAACGGCUUCUGAAGAAGAUGGAUCAGAAGUUGAAAUCCGAGGCUGCUCAAAAAGAGUCCAAGGAUUUGAGCUCCGGAAAGUCCAUGGAAUCAGCCUUGGAGCAGGAGAGCUUCUCCAUUGGCAACUCCCAGGAGAUCUCAGGAAGUCACAACCCGAGCCCGGACCUCCCAGGAGAUCAGAGAUCUGUGGUGGACGGUACGAACAUCUCCUUUGAGGAGUUCAAUCGAAUCCAGAGACAGAUGGAGGAUCAUCAGAGUACUCUUCAGAUGGUGCGCCAUGAGUUUGCGCAGUACCGCCGAGACCAUGCGACCUUGGCGCAGCUGCAGGAUCAAAGCACUCGGCUCAUCAUUUCGGCUCUCUAUGAGUUGAAACAGCAGAAGGACCAAGCUCCAUUUCCUCCCACAUCGUAUGACCCUGAUGCAGAAUGGCAGUUCACCAACAUGACACCGAAGCAGAAGGAGUACUUCUUCCGGGUUCUGCUCGAAAAGCUGAACAGCAGCAUGUGUGCAAUGUGCUUCCCCGUAGGCCCGGACGCUGCCUCAACGGCGAGUUUGCCGCCCAUCGGAAAGGAGAAGGAGGGCACCCGCUUUUCGCAAUUUCUUUGGUCGGUGGCCGACAGCGGCUCUGUUCAAGGCCUGCGGCAAGAGACGUGCAACAAGGGGUGUCAGACUGAAACAAGCACUGCUGAUCCAUGCCUCAAGGAGGGCAUUUGGAACCCCAAGGGCAAGACAUCGCACCUCAACUCCGCUGGCAUGUUGACGGCCGGAAUUGUGGCUCGGUGA